AUGUCUGGGGGCUCAGAGAGUGAUGACUCUGUAACAGCUAAUGGGAGGGUUUACAUUCCUGAAGUAAGAAAUGAGGAAACACCAGCAGUUGGGAUGAAGUUCGACUCGCUUGACCUCGUUUAUAAUUUCUAUAAUAGAUAUGCAUUCUUGGCUGGCUUUGGUAUUCGACUUCAUUCCAGCUUUUGGGGGAAAAAUAAGAAAGAGAUUCUGAGAAAAGAAUUUGUAUGUUGCAAACAAGGUGCAUACCGGAAUGAUGAAACUCGGGAGAGAAAAAGACAGCGGGGAAUAAGUAGAUGCAAUUGCAAAGCUAAGAUUGUGGUUGUGAAGACACAUGGGAGCAAGAAGUAUACCAUCUCUCUUUUUGCAGAGGGACACAAUCAUAAGAUGACACCCUCAGGAAGAAUGCAUUUACUGAGAUCACACCGUCGUAUUUCAGAUUCUACAAAAGUACUUACAAAACAGUUGGGUUCGGUUAAUAUUCCCAUUAAUCAGAAGGUAAGUAUUUUCGAGGUGCAAUCCGGAGGAAUGGAUAAAAUCGGUUUUAUCAAAAAGGAUAUGUACAAUCUUGAAUGUAGUGUGAAUGAGAAGCUGAGGAACCACGAUGUUGAACUAGUGACCGAGUAUUUUAUGGCUGAACAGAAAAAAAAUGAGGCUUUUUAUUUCAAGAUUGAGGGAGAUGGCGAUAACAGGUUUAGUCGAUGUUUUUGGGCAGAUGCAACUUCUAGACGGGCGUACGGGUUUUAUGGAGAUGUUGUUGUAUUCGAUACCACAUUCAACACGAAUAGAUACGACUUGACAUUUGCACCAAUGUUGGGAGUUAAUAACCAUGGUCAAACAAUUGUCCUAGCAUGCGCAUUUUUGAGCAAGGAAACGACUGAGUCGUUUAUUUGGAUGUUUGAGGAGUUUAAGAAAGCCAUGCCAGGUGGCGAACCUAAAACGAUCAUCACAGAUCAAGAUGCGGCAAUGAGCAGAGCGAUUUCAAUAGCCUUCCCGACUACAUUUCAUCGACUUUGCAUAUGGCACAUCACAUCAAAGUUCUCUGUUAAGUUACCACAUUCUGCUUAUAAGGAGUAUUGGGGUGAAUUCCAGAAAGCCAUAUGGGAUACUGACAAUAAGGAUGAGUUUGAUGCAAAAUGGAAUAUUGUGGUUACAAAGGCUGGUUUGACUGACCAUCCAUGGGUAAGUUCAAUGUUUGAUUUAAGGGAAUCUUGGGUUCCAGCCUACGCACGACACUUUUUUGCCGCUGGAAUGUCAAGCAGCCAAAGAGCUGAAUGUUCUCAUGGUUUCUUCAAGCAAUACAUAUCAAGGAAAAAUUCGUUGAUGGAUUUCAUAAUAAGAUUUGAGAGGGCACUUUCUCAUCAACGUCAAAAAGAGUUAGUUGCUGAUCACGUAGAUGCAUUUGAAGUGGCUCAAUGUAUUCUACCGAUGCCAAUGAACAAACAAAUGGCUACCUUGUACACAAGGACAAUGUUUCAAAAGUUUGAGCAAGAACUAAUACAAAGUACAGCAUGUUUCCUAGAGCUGAAAACAGAGGAUGCUUCUAAAGUUGUCUUUAAUGUGAGCGAAAGGAAAAAUUGGGAAACAAGAGUGGCAGAAGUCGUAUAUGUCAAAGAUUCUGACCACGCAUCGUGUAGCUGCAAAAGAUUUGAAUUUGUUGGAAUUAUUUGCAAGCACAUCCUAGCAUUGUUCAGAAGGGACCAGAUUGAAUAUAUGCCCGAUAAAUACAUUUUGAAGAGGUGA